CAACCACGUUCAAGUGUUGUUGACACCCACGCUCAACUGUAACCAAACCCGGCAACGCCGAAACCGUCCAGCGUCAGUUCCCAGUCUCAAACCCACCAACCAAACCAAACCAACCAAACCAAACCAACCAAACCAACCAACCAACCACCUCAAACCUGCUGCUGCUAUGAUCUAUCCCACAACAACCUCUUCUGCCCCCUCUAAUUGCUCCCCGCAGCUGCCAUGCAGUUCUGACCUGUCUAUCCUCCCCUCAGUCAGAGCCAUUGCUGCAUCCCGUUACGCCUGUUGACCUCUCCCCCUCACCCUAGGUUCGUCUCGCCCUCGGAUCCGUCUUAUUCCGGUCACUCACGGCCAAGUCAACCUCCCCCUCAUCCAUCCAUCCCCUAAUUAUCUGCCAACCCCUGGUUCCUGAAGCUAAGAGAUAGAGAAUUCAUACAUUCGUCUGCACCGGAAAAAAGGCAGAGACACCAGACUCCCCCAGAAUAAGGGCAAAAAGCGCAAUUACACAGGAGCCCAUGUGGAUUAGCACGUCCAAGGAGGGAAAGGAACACCAUCUUUCGACCUCCCCUCACUGACGUCUUAUCCUCGUCAUUGCUACUGUGCACGGAGACCUUGGUGAAUAACCUCACAGGCUCCUAUUUUGGUGGUCCAUGCGGAGUCUAGGAAACUUGCUGAAGAAGAAGCGGACGAAGGACUCGCGCAACUCGAGGGACCUGGAUCUGCCCGCUUCACCAGUAGCGGAAUCGCCGUCUUCCCGCAAGAGUACUAGUAUCAGCACAAACAAUCCUGGCUCUCCAACAGCCAUUACUACUUCACCACAUCCUCCUCCUCUAAACCCCCUGGUCCAGCAUCCUGCGGCUUCCAGUCUUGAUUCCUCUCGGCCAUACCCCGCUUCCUCCACCCGCACCGAUAGUCUCAGUGCGCAGCCUGCCACUACAACCACCGCUCCCACAGCUACUACUACGACUACUGCCCCACGAGACGCAGCAGCAGAGGUAACCGCAGCGGCAGCGGCAGCCUCGUCGCUAGCACCAGCUGUUUCCUCUAGUCCUGUAAACACUUGCGCAACCUCCACCACUAGCAACAGCCAGCCUUCCCUACCCAUGAACCCCAUACCAUCUUCCACGCCCUUUUACUCUAAUAUCGCGAGCGAUCCCUCCCAAUUUAAGCAACAGCAGCAGCAGCAACCUCACCACUAUCAGAAUGUUGCCAGCAUCAAGAAUAUCAUAAACCCGCCCAAUCAAGACGAAGUGGAGUCAUCACAGCAGAGAGUUGGCGAUGGCCAACAUGUACCAUCACAGCAACAACCGCAACAACCGCAACAACCGCAACAACCGCAACAGCACGAACAGCAGCAACAGUACGAACAUCAGCAACAACAAAAUGAACAGCAACGAUCUGUCCAGUCUACACGACAAACCAAGGGGAAGUACUCACUAGAUGAUUUUACGCUACAGCGGACGUUGGGCACCGGCAGCUUCGGGCGUGUGCACCUGGUUCAAUCGCGGCAUAACCAACGAUUCUAUGCGAUCAAGGUGCUCAAGAAGGCGCAGGUGGUGAAGAUGAAGCAGGUCGAACACACGAAUGAUGAGCGGAAAAUGUUGCAGCGGGUUAAGCAUCCGUUUCUUAUCACGCUAUGGGGCACGUUUCAGGACGCGAAGAAUCUCUAUAUGGUUAUGGAUUUUGUGGAGGGUGGGGAGUUGUUUAGUUUACUGAGGAAGUCACAGCGCUUCCCAAACCCCGUUGCAAAAUUCUAUGCUGCCGAAGUUACGCUGGCGUUGGAAUAUCUGCACGACCAUCACAUCGUAUACCGAGACUUGAAGCCGGAGAACCUACUUCUCGACAGACACGGCCAUUUGAAAAUAACGGAUUUUGGAUUCGCGAAGGAAGUUAGGGAUAUUACAUGGACAUUGUGUGGCACGCCUGAUUAUCUUGCACCGGAGGUGGUGUCGUCGAAGGGAUACAAUAUGUCUGUCGACUGGUGGUCCCUCGGCAUCCUAAUCUUCGAAAUGCUCUGCGGUUUCACUCCGUUUUGGGAUGGCGGCUCCCCUAUGAGAAUCUACGAAAACAUCCUCAAAUGCCGCGUCAAGUACCCGCCUUAUAUGCAUCCAGACGCCCAGGAUCUCCUCUCCCAGCUGAUUACGCCAGAUCUAACUGUGCGACUUGGAAACUUGCACGGGGGCUCGCAAGACGUGAAGAACCAUCCAUGGUUUGCAGAGGUGACGUGGGAUCGAUUGGCGAGGAAAGAUAUUGAUGCCCCGUACAUACCGCCUGUGAAAGGUGGGCAGGGCGAUGCGAGCCAGUUUGAUAGGUAUCCCGAGGAAACGGAGGCGUAUGGAGGUGGCGGCGAUGAUCCAUAUGGUCAUUAUUUCGUGGACUUUUAAGUUUUGCGGAGGAAUCGACUAACGAAGUAUGGAAACGGAACAGAAACGAAAAAAAAAGAGACGACAGAAAGGAAAGCAAAAAAGGAUAGAUCACCUCUGUUUAAGUGUCAAAAAUUACGCUGCCUAUCUACUCCUCUUAUAUUGGUUUGCUAUCUAUGCAACAGAAAAUAACGGGGAAAAGUGUCUUCUUUCUACAUACUAUCUUCUUCGCCACGUUCGUCCUCCAACUUCUUCUUCUUCUAAUUUAUUUGCAUUCUUAUCUGCAUUUGGAUGGGGUUUCCUCUUCUUAUUCUUCUUCAUCUUCAUCUUCAUCUUCAUCUUCAUCUUCAUCAUCUUAUUCUUUUGCCAUUUUAUUCUUUUGGACAAUAUUGUCUAGCUGUUUUAGUUCUUAGGGCACCCCCUUUCUGGUGUCCACUUCCUGUAUCCAUGACCCUUCUUGGCUUGUUGUUUUUACUUCUUCUUUCUUAUCUUCUUAUUGCUAUUAACUUAUCUAAGUUAGCAGGGGUUUUCUUUUUUUCUCCCUUCUUGGCUUGUUGUUUUUAUUUCUUCUUUUAUCUUCUUACUGCUAUUAACUUAUCUAAGUUAGGUUAGCACCUACUUCUCUAUAUUACAUAAGUUUCUCUUGCUUUCUUUCUUUCGUUCUUUUCUUUUCAUCCUUUCUCUCUUUCCCCUCGCCCCCUCGGUAUGGUUAACUGGAAAUUUUAUUAUAGUUAUAUUCUGAUUAAUCAGCUUCCAGGGCACCGUUUUUAUCACAUUUUUAUUUUUGUUUUUCUGCACUCCGUUCGUUGUCCCUUUCCUUGUUUGGUCAAAAUAGGAUGGGCAUAUGCGGUAUAAGGAGGGCCUGGUGUGUUUUUAUAUAACUAUAUGAGGUUCAUUUGGAGAAAUGAGGGCAAUGUUUUGAAUGACAUGAUGCAAAAGUAGCAGUCAGGGAUAAAGAAUAUCUGAUUCGACACUUGACACUGACACUGGGAUAACCUCUCUUGCCUGAUUCUGGUCAUAUUGUAAUAUAAGAAAAUAUUAUCUGUUGUCUUUCUUUUGUUGCCUUCUGUUGACGGAAGAAGAAUUGUUCCUUUUCUCAUUUACAGUAUAAACUUAGUCGUAUGCCUGGUCCAUUUUUUCCCCCCCUAAACGUUCCUAUCCUAUUUUCCUAUCAUUCAUCGAACAUAUCCCAAUACCCCAAGUACGUCGGUGCUGUCUCGUUUAGUUGCGUUUCUACAACUAUGCAUUUUCCAAUAGAAAAAAGCAGGCUUAAAAAAGGAAAGGGAACGGAACUGAAAACGGGAUAGACACAGUACACUAUAAAUACAGAGAGAUUAUCACGAAGAAAAAAAAGUGAAAAGAAAAGAAAACCAACCCCCCUCCGGGAAGAAUUUAGGAGGGGAGGACAAAUGCAAGGGGGAUAUAAGUGACGUAUUCUCUAUCGUUCCCAGCCAAAGCAAAAAUCAACUCAGAAUGGCGAAAAUAGAUGGAAAGGUCUGUCCAGCUCAUGGCUCUCACAUAACUGUACCGGCGGGCCGUGAUGGAUCGAAACAAUCAUACACUAUCCUCUUAUCCCAAUCUCAUUCCAUCCAUCCAUCCAUCCAUCAAGCUAAAUCAUGGCAGUCAAUUCCAAUCCAAAUCCACCUUCCACCAACCACUCCACCCUCCCCGCUCAAACAAUCUCAAAACUAAAAGAUACCGCCGCUCCCAUCCCCGCUCCCGCCAAACGACGAGCUACCGCCAACGCCGCCCAUCUUCUGUUCCUGGUUCACGCGCGCCCCAUAGGCACGGCUCGUGGCGUUCCAUAGCUGGAUGUAUUUCUCCAUGCAGGCGGUGAGGCAGGUUUGUUCCUUGGAGGAGAGGCUGGAGCCUGGGGAUGGGAUACAUUUUUCGAAGCAGUUUUCGUUUACUUUCUGGAUUUUGGGAGUUAGGUUAGGGCUUGGGUUUGGAGUGUUUUUUUUUAUUAAAAAUUUUCUUUUUGAGGGGAUCGGGUAUUUUUGGAGAGGGUUGUGGAGGGAGCGAAAGGGGGAGAGAAGAGAGAGAGGGAACUAUUAUUACGUACGGUUAUGAGGGAACGGGCGUUGUUAACGGCAGCCUCUUGUUGGACCUGGGUUAUUAUUGCGGAUUUGACGUCGGCGGAGGUUUGCGGGGAGGCAGAGCCGGUUUGCGAGAAGGGGUUUGAUAGGGACAUUUUUGGAUU